AUGGACACGGAUGACAAUACAUCACAGCCAUAUCUUCCCAUUCUUCUCAUGCCUUCACAACUUCCUCACAAGACAACGCAUGGUCUCACUCAGUUUCUGCUGGACCCUGAUCCAUCUCUAGAGGAUUUUGCCCAUGCCCAACAGUUUUCAUUACCGAUUAUCACAUCACCACCACGAAUUCGUCAUCAAAUGCAAAACACAUUGAUUCUGACAGGUGAUGAAUCUCCUACUGCCCCAAAUGCUGGAGUGCAGCCACAGCCCUAUCAUACCACAGAUCCCACCUUCAUUUUCCCUGUCUCUACACCAUCACCCUCCCAGGCACAGCCAUUGACAACCCAUAUCCCAUCUGAGUCAGCUACAACACUACCUGCUGCACCUGCCGGCGCACACUCUACCCAGACUUCAACAUUUCUGUCUGAUGCUGCCCCCAUAGGACUCCCUUCUGACACAGGCAAGAAGCGCACAUGUGAAUCUGAAGAAGAACGGUUGAAUGUCCCUGCAAAAUGUCAGAAGGUUAAUGCUUGCAACACUGGUCCUAGCCCCCCCACCCCAAUUGAUGAGACAGUGAUGGAUCAUCAGAAUGGUCAGGACAAACAUCAACAGUUCCAAUCGAAGUGUGCCGCCAAAGCUAAUAAUAUUGGUGGCUCAUCCACAACUUGGAGGACUGGAUGCAAAUGA